AUGGCUACGGCGGCUGUUGACGACCGGUCGACCUCACAAAUCCAACCUGAAAUCACCCUCAACACUGGUGCUGGCAAUGACGCUACUUCAUCAAACAAUGCCCAACCAAGUUCAGAAGAAUGGCUACUGCUGAGAGUAGGAACUCUACCACGUAACUCAUUGGGAUGGUUUCGUGCUGGUGUUGGAUUCUAUAACAAACGUGAAUAUGCACGAUCAAUCGAAUGCUUUGAACGCGCUAUUGAAAUGGACCCAAAUAAUGCAAGAAAGGACGAGGCUAUAGCUGCCUUGAAACGUUCAGUAGUAUUGGACAAUCCCUCGGAUUGGCAGCUCCUUGUCGAAUUGACCUCAAAUCUCGACUAG